UAUGAAAAAAUUACCCAGAAGUUAUCUUGAACCUAAAAUUUUUGAUAAUAAAUAUAUAAUCAAGAAUCAACUUAGCUCAGGAUCUUUUGGUGUUGUUUAUUUGGCAAUACAUAAAAUAACUAGAGAAGAAGUGGCAGUCAAAUUAGAAAAAGGAGAACAUGAAACAUUGGAUAGAGAAGUUUAUUUACUGACUAAAUUAUAAGGAAUAUAAGGAAUAACAAAAUUGUAUUGGUUUGGAGCAGAAUAAAAUUAUAAUGUAAUGGUUGUUGAAUUGUUGGGAAAAGAUCUAGGAUAUUAUAGUAGAACAUAUAAAUAAUUAUCAUUAAAAACAGGAUUGUAAUUAUUGGAUUAAUUAUUGACUAUAUUUAAAUAAGUACAUUCAAGAGGAAUAGUACAUAGAGAUUUGAAACCAGAAAAUAUAAUGAUGGGCAAAUAAAAUACAUCUAUAAUUUAUUUAGUUGAUUUUGGUGUUUCAAAAUCAAUUCUAGAUAAAGGAAGACAUAUGUAAGAUUAUGAUAUCAUAAGAGUCCGUUUAAAGAUAAAAAAUCAUUUAUUGGAACUACUAGAUAUGCAUCUAUUGCUGCUCAUAAAGGAUUUGAAAUUAGUAGAAAGGAUGAUCUAGAAUCAAUGAUGUAUGUCAUUAUCUACUUAAUUUUAGGGUAACUUAUUAUUAUAAUUUUAAGUAAAUUACCAUGGUAGAAUCUAUAAAAUAUAGGUGAUAAAGAUAGAACUGUUGCAGUUGGAGAAGUUAAAAUGAGUACAUCAAUUGAUACUUUAUGUAAAGAAUUACCAAUACAAUUUGCUGAUUAUCUCAAGUAUUCUUAUGUAAUUAAAAUAUAUUAGAUAUUUAAAAAUCUUAAAAUUUGAAGAUUAACCUGAUUAUGAUAUGCUUAAGACAUUAAUGAAAAAAUGUAGUAAUUCAAUUACAUAUGAUAAUCUAUUUGAAUGGUCUGAUAAAUAAUAAAAUAAAGAAUCUCAAUUAGAAGUUAAAAUUUAAGGUUCAUUCUUGCUUGUACCUGGAAAUGAUGGAGUUUAAAGAUCCCAUACUAAAAAAUAAUCUAAUGUUUCAAAUCUUGGUAUUUUAUAUUUAUUAUUAAUUAAGGAUCUUCUUCUUCAAAUAUAGUUAAAUAUGUACCUUCUUUUCAGGAUGCUGUAUAAUUCAAAUAAUCAUCAUAAACUCAAAUAAAAAUUGCUGCAAGUUAACCUCAAAUAGAUUUUAAUAAAUUAUACCAAACUAUUGAUUUUGAUGACAUUGAAGAAAAUAUGAAUGAUCAUCCAACUUUGGAAUAAAAAUACUUAAAUUUGUAAGGAUUCGAUGCUAAAUUUAAAGAUGAAAAAAUUCAAUUUUCUCGUUCUGCAAUUAAUGUUUUUGAAUAAUGA